GGGCACGUGGAAAACCUAGAGUUAGGAAAAAGUGAAGAGGGGAAAACACUUCCGGUGAAAGACGUUGAGUGAAACAAACAAGACCGGAAACACCCCCCACCGCCGCAGAGCGCUUCCGGAGCAUGGCAGAUGCGCUUCCGGGGGCAUGGGGGUUUCGAACCGGGGCCGGCUUCUCCCUCAGCAACGAAGUGGGAGGUGAGGGGAGAGGGGAAGGGAAAGGGGGACAGGAGAGAAGGAGAUGCACGGAGGGGGGGACCGGGGGCACCUCGGGCUCAAUGACCCGGAUGCUGUUGGCCGCUGGAGGUCAUGACCUUUGGCUUGCAGGGGAGCCCAUUUCACACCCCCGGGCAGUGCCUAAAAUAGGUGCGGGGGGGUCUCACUCUGUGACCCCCCAAAGGCCCCGCCAAGUAUUCCUGGGCCUGAGAGAAAGUGGGGGGGGGGAAGAAUCCUGACCCCAUAGAGGGAGGGAGAGAAGGCGGUGCCCCCAGCUCCGUCCCUUGCUUAAUAUGAUAUUAUAAUUGUCAUGAUUAUUUUUAUUUGUUUCUCAUCUUGUAAUAUAAUAAUAAGCAGAGACAUCACCUUGCCGACAAAGGUCCGUAUAGUUCAAGCUCUGGUUUUCCCAGUAGUGAUGUAUGGAAGUGAGAGCUGGACCAUAAAGAAGGCUGAUUGCCGAAGAAUUGAUGCUUUUGAAUUCUGGUGCUGGAGGAGACUCUUGAGAGUCCCAUGGACUGCAAGAAGAUCAAAGCUCUCCAUUCUGAAGGAAAUCAGCCCUGAGUGCUCACUGGAAGGACAGAUCCUGAAACGACUAAACAACUAAACAACAACAGUACUUUAUUUAUACCCCGCCCAUCUGGCUGGGCUUCCCCAGCCACUCUUGUGCUGUGAACCGCCCUGGAAAACUUUCACCAUGUGAUAAGCUGCUUGCCUUAUUAGUCCUAUAUUUAUCAUUCAGGAUGCAAUUAAAUGCAGCUCCACUCAGUUCCCUCGUUGCCUUUCUUGUUGUUGUUUAGUCGUGUCCGACUCUUCGUGACCCCAUGGAUCAGAGUAUGCCAGGCACUCCUGUCUUCCACUGCCUCCUGCCGUUUCGUCAAACUCAUGCUGGAAUCUUCGAGAACACUGUCCAACCAUCUUGUCCUCUGUCGUCCCCUUCUCCUUGGGCCCUCCAUCUUUCCCAACAUCAGGGUCUUUUCCAGGGAGUCUUCUCAUGAGGUGGCCAAAGUCUUGGAGCCUCAGCUUCAGGAUCUGUCCUUCCAGUGAGCAGUCAGGGCUGAUUUCCUUCAGAAUGGAGAGGUUUGAUCUUCUUGCAGUCCAUGGGACUCUCAAGCGUCUCCUCCAGCACCAUAAUUCAAAAGCAUCAACCUAGCAGUUUGAAAGCACACUAGUGCAAGUAGAGAAAUAGGUACCGCUGUGGCGGGAAGAUAAACGCCAUUUCCAUGCACUCUGGUUUCUGUCACGGUGUUUCGUUGUGCCGGAAGCGGUUUAGUCAUGCUGGCCACAUGACCCAGAAAGAUGUCUCUGAACAAACGCCUGCUCCCUUGGCCUGAAAAUGAGAUGAGUGGCCCACCCCAUAGUCACCUUUGACUGGACAUAACUAUCCAGGGGUCCUUUACCUUGGUCCUCUGAGAUGCCUGCGAUACAUCCAGUCCAAAAGAAUGCAAAACGAACCAAUGCUGCUUCAUUUACAUGUGUUAGCAUCAAGUACUCAUUUUUCUAGCACUAGGAGGUUGAAGCGUGUUUGCUGAAGACCAUGUGUUGGGUACUGCCUGUGCCUAGAAUCCCUUGGUACAGUGUGGCGAUGGUUUGGGUUGCAUGGGCUGUGUGGCUGAUGAGUGAAGGAUCGUUCCUUAGGGACACAGGAUCAGACCUGCCCCUCUCCUUUAUAGUCCCAUAUCUGACUAUACAGUCAUACCUUGGGUUGAAGUAGCUUCGGGUUGAGCGUUUUCGGGUUGCGCGCCGUGGUGACCCAGAAGUAACGGAACGCGUUACUUCCAGGCUUCACUGCUCGUGCAUGUGCAAACGCUCAAAAUGACGUCACACGCAUGCGCAGAAGCGGGUUGCGUUCUCUUCAGGAUGUGAACGGGGCUCCAGAAUGGUACAGAGGUACCACUGUAGUGCUUUUCCAACCAUUUUUCUUCUCCCAAUCCCUCAGGAAGACAUGUCCACGCUCUUUCCUUCCCUCUUCCCACGAGUCACUGAGGCGCUGUGGUUUAACCUGGACCGGCCAUGUGUGGAUGAGAAUGAGCUUCAGCAGCAAGAACAGCAGCAUCAGGCCUGGGUGAGCCACGCAAGGAGGAGAGGGGUCUUUGGGAAUAAGGAAGAGGAAGGAGCAGGGCUGUCGGAUGGAGCCAGCCAAACGUUAGGAAGAACUUUCUGACAGUAAGAGCUGUUCAAAAGUGGUGGCCUCUCCUUCAUUGGAGGUUUAUAACAGAGGCUGGCCGGCCACCUGCCGGGGAUUCUUGAGCUGUGAUUGGUUGGACUAGAUGACUCUGGUGGUCCUUUAAACUCUAUGCUUCUGUGUAGUGAACAGGAAAAAGAGCUUUUUCCUGAGGGCAAUCUCAUACUUUGUCCGUUGGAAAGCGUGUCCUUUCCCCCGCUUUCCCCUCCAAUUCACCUGUCUUCAGAGAGCCAGUGUGGUGUAGUGGUUGAGAGCAGUAGACUCGUAAUCUGGGGAACCGGGUUCGUGUCUCCGCUCCUCCACAUGCAGCUGCUGGGUGACCUUGGGCCAGUCACACUUCUUUGAAGUCUCUCAGCCCCACGAACCUCACAGAGUGUUUGUUGUGGGGGAGGAAGGGAAAGGAGAAUGUUAGCCGCUUUGAGACUCCUUAAAGGGAGUGAAAGGCGGGAUAUCAAAUCCAAACUCUUCUUCUUCUUCAUUUUGAACCUUCCUUCUGGAUGUUCUUGAUAGUUUCUCUGAAUUAAUUUAACAUUUUCUCCCUUUGUCACAGCUGCAGAGCAUCGCUGAGAAAGAUAACAACUUGGUCCCAAUUGGGAAGCCUGCCUCCGAGGUAACAACCUUGUCAGCCCCUGGGAUACACUGGAGUGGGGCGGGGGUGUUCUGCACCUAGAUUGGGAGGGUUUGUUCAAGGAGCUAUGGAUCUGGGCAGGUUAUGGGCUGCCAUUAUUAUUAUUAUUAUUAUUAUUACCACCAUCGCAUACUUAGAUAAUGAUGUCACACCAGAGGAAAGGGCCUUGUUGCCCUGGGAUUGCCUCCACCUCCGUCACUUAUCUUAGAUGUGCCUAAUGGCUUCACUCCAUCUCUUGGGUCCUUUCCUCUCAUGGUUCCUCUCACUUGGACCAUUUACAUCAGGAUCUCACAAUUGCCACCCCCAUAUCAUCCCUCCUCUGCAAGCCUAAACCCUCUGGUUCCUAUUGAGCCAUUCCCUGGUUGCUCUUAAAAGAGGAGUGGUUCCUGCUCCGCUGGUUGCUGUUAUAACCGUCUUCUGCAGAGUGCACAGAAAACAGGCACCUAUAUCUUGCAGGGAGGGGUUACAAAAGCACAAGGCCUUCUAGGCUUAAUGAGGAUGUGAGAAAUUCUAGGCUUACCCUUUAGGAGCUACAUAAGAGCGGAGAAAUCCUGGACUCCUUUUAAGAAGAUUGUGACGUGUGUAAGAAAGGGAAAGGAACUGAGACGCCGGGUGUUUCAUAUCACUUAGAAGGAGAGCUUGCAGGAUUGAGAGGAACUUCCUGCGUUUUAAAGCUGCAAUCCGCCUUGAGGAUAGCAGGGUCUGUAGAUAAAUUGUAAUAUUGUCUUGAGGGCUUACAUGGUAAGCCACAUGGUUGAAUUUAUGUGAAAUAUUGUUAUAUCACCUUUAACGGUAACAGCCGUAUCAAGGCAGUUUGCAAAACAUAAUAAUAAUAGUAAUAAUAAUAAUAAUAAUAAUAAUAAUAAUUUAAAAUAAUAAUUUAAAAUAAUAAUUUUAUUUAUACUCCGCCCUUCCAGGUUCAGAAAACCGGGCUCAGGGCGGUUAACAGCAAAUUUAAAACACUUAAUUGAUGCAACAAAAAGCAGCAUAAAAUACAAUAUAAAAUGUGAAUAACAACAAAUUCAGAAUUCAAAAAUCAAUUUAGGGGGAAAUCCAUCCAAUAAAUAUUAGGUGAUCACCAGGGCUAGCUGGCUAAAUUAGUCCUAUUUAGGCCAGUGAGGAGACCAGGGGAGAAUUAGCUGUGGGAUCCCAGAGUGGGUAAUCUUCAUAAAAAGGGGAGGGGGAGGGAAGGGAAGGAAGGGGAAUAAAAGAUCAGGCUAAGCUCAAAUGGAAAGCCAGGCAAAAUAGCUGUGUCUUACAGGCCCUGCGGAAGGAGGUUAAAUCCUGCAGGGCCCUGGUCUCAUGGGACAGAGUAUUCCACCAGGUCGGAGCCAUCACUGAGAAGGCCCUGGCCCUGGUGGAGGAUAAUCUAAUUUCCUUAGGGCCCUGGACCUCUAAACUUUGAUUAUUCAUGGACCUUAAGGUCCUCUGUGGGGCAGACCAGGAGAGGAAGUCCCUUAAAUACGAAGGCCCUAAGCCACAAAGGGCCCUAAGUCACAAACAUAAAGCAGAGCAGCCAGUUAAGUCAGCUGUUGGCCAGGGGCUGGAACAGGAAAGAUCCCACAUUGUGGACAAGGGCUCUGUGGCGCACAGGAGCCGGGAGGAGAGGUUGGCAGGAAAGUGACGGCUGCGCCUUUGCUUUGCCUUAGCAGACUUAUGACGAGGAGGAAGAAGAGGAUGACGAAGAUGACGAGGACAGCGAGGAAGACUCUGAAGAUGACGAGGACAUGCAAGACAUGGAUGAGAUGAACGACUACAACGAGUCUCCGGAUGAUGGGGAGAUCAAUGAGGUUGGUAGGGGGCUCCUUGUGGGUCUUGGCUUCCUCGUUCCCACGUCUAGAUCUGGGAAGAAUUUUUUGGGAUUCACUGGGGCGCCCUUGUAGCCAGACAGCGGACCAUGAGGGAGGCAGCAGUGCAUACAAGGAGGACCUCAGCAGAGGUGCUGCAGUGCUGAAGGAGCUGAGCAGCUCAGGGGGCCUGGGCCCGUAGCUCACAUCCGCACAAGAGGCUAUCCAUUCGCAGUGGGCAUCCCUUUCAGCUUGGCCUCUUAGCAAUUCAUCGUUUUGUGUCUCUCCCCAGGUGGAUAUGGAAGGGGCUGAGCAAGAUCAGGACCAGUGGAUGAUCUAGAUUCCCAAAAGAACUCAAUCCAGCCUUUGGAUGUGUAUCUGUCCUCCGUGGAGCAGGAAAGGAGGGGAAUCUCUCCCCGAGCCAGGCCGUUUGCAAAGCAGGCUGGUGUGUGUGUGAUCCAGGCCUGCCCUGAAUCCUGGCUGGGAAGUGGGACCCAUUCCUGCCCCCAUCCCUGCCGCAGAAGUCCUGCCCCGCUGGGCUCUUUCGUUGUCGUUCUGCUGAAGUGUUUGAGGCAGCUAAAAACUCCAGAGAGGAAAGGAGUUGAGGUUCAGCGCUUGACUUUGGCAGCAAAGGCAGCCGGUCUUUUGUUUGCGUUUGGGGUGUGUGUGUGUGUGUGUGAGUUUUCUGCUCUCGGCAGAAACAGUUUUGUCAAUAAACCUUUUUCUUUUGUUAUCUGACCUAUGUUUUUUCUUCUCCACCCUGGCAUGUGGUUUGAGGCUCCAUCACAGUGGUGGUGGUGGGGAAUUGCCUGCACACCUCUGAGAAAAGAACAUAAGAAUCAAAGAGUCUUAGAAUCGGAAGGGACCACGAGGAUCACCUAGUCCAACUACUGCAAUGCAGGAAUUUUUUUUGCCCAACAUGGGAUUCAAACCCAUGACCCUGAGAUUAAAAGUCUCACGCUCUACUGACUGAGCUAUCUGAGAAGAGCCUGCUGGGUCAGGUCAAUAGGGGCCCAUCUGACCAGCAUCUUGUUUUCAUGGUGACUCUCCAGAUGCCUGUGGCAAACCCCCCCACCCCC